GGGUGAGGGGGGAUAUUUCAGGGUAACUGUCCUGUCAGCUGUCCCGCAUGUCUCUGCUGUCCAGACCAGGACAGUUGUUGUGGUCAGUACCAUUCGACUACCACGAACCGCCGUUGGAAGUCUACAUCUGUUUGGAAGGCACAUGAUUGUCCCUCUGUGUGUAGAGGAAUGGCAUCUCCCACCAGAAUGUUAGCGGCGGAGCAGGUGCACUGUUCCAUCUGUCUGGAUGUGUUUACCAACCCAGUCUCUAUCCCUUGUGGACACAACUUCUGCAUGGCCUGCAUUGGCAGCUACUGGAAGUCCAGUGCCCUCUUCAUGUGUCCAAUGUGCAAGAAGACUUUCUUCAAGCAGCCCGACAUCAGCAUCAACACAGUGCUGAGGGAAAUCGCUGAGAAGUUUAAGGAAAUUAAAACAAACCCAGUUGUGGAACUUCAGAAGAUAACGCAACCAGACCCAAGACAGAGCCCUGUGGAACUCCCCACAGAAAUGCCUAAACUGAUACCUGCUAAUGGAUCAUGGGCCCUGGAGGUGUCCUGCGAUGUGUGCACUGGCCCUCAGCAACAGGCAGUAAAGUCCUGCUUGGUGUGUUUGACGUCUUACUGUGAGGAGCACUUAAAGACCCACACUUCCCGCUUCACCAAACACAAGCUGAUCGAACCCGUGCAGAACCUGGAGGACCGUAUGUGUAAGAAGCAUGAGAGGUUACUAGAGCUGUUUUGUAAGAAGGAUCAGACCAUAGUGUGUGUGCUGUGCACAGAGAUGGACCACAGGGCACAUUACACCAUUCCUGUCGAACGAGAGUGGACCGAGAAAAAGGCCUUGCUGAGGAAAACUGAAGCUGAAGUCCAGCAGAUGAUCCAGGAGCGACUGAAGAAAGUUGAUGACAUCAAACACUCCAUAGAGUUGAACAAAAGCAGUGCUCAGGCAGAAAUCAAGGACAGCAUGCAGGUGUUCUCGGACCUGAUCCGAGCGGUCCAGAAAGCCCAGGCAGAGCUGGUGCUGGACAUCGAGGAGAAACAGAGGAAGACUGAGAGCUGGGCCAACGGACAAAUACAAGAACUAGAGCAAGAAAUAGAUGCUCUGAAACUGCGAAACACAGAGUUAGAGUAUCUCUCACACACUGAAGACCACAUUCACUUCCUGCAGAACUUCUCAUCGUUAAUGUCUCACCCACACACUAAAGACUGGUCUGAGACCUGUGUGUACGCGGAUCCGUGCGUGGGCACCACCAGGAGAGCUGUGCUCAAACUAGCGGAGACUCUUAUGGAAGAAGCAGAAAAACUUGCAGAAAUAGAGCUGAAGAGGGUUCAGAAGUACUCAGUGGACAUCACGUUUGACCCGGACACAGCGAACCCCUGGCUGCAGCUGUCUGAGGACGGCCGUCAGAUGCGUCACCUGGGCGCGUGGCAGGACCUGGCCGACACACCUGAGCGCUUCGAUACGGUGGUGAUCGCUCUCGGCCGUGAGGGACUGUCCUCUGGACGCCAUUACUGGGAGGUCCAGGUGGGCGAGAAGGACGACUGGUACAUCGGUGUGGCCCGGGCGUCCGUCAACAGAAAAGGCAGGAUUUCGGUGAGCACGUCUCAAGGCUACUGGGCUCUAGCCAUGAAGAAAGGCCAGGAAUAUCGCGUUUCUUCCUCUCCACCCCUGCUGCUCUCCAUCGAGCCCAGGCUGAAGAGAGUGGGAGUCUAUGUGGACUACGAAGAAGGACAGGUUUCGUUCUACGACGUGCAAAACAAAAGCCACAUCUACACCUUUAUGGACUCGUUCGAAGAGAAACUCUUCCCGUUUUUCUACCUCUACUGCUGCGACAAGGCGUCAGACACCAUGAUGAUCUGUCCUGUGCAGGAGACGUCUCACACUAAACAGUGCUGAAUCACGAGCCACGCAAUGACUCUACACUACUUCUGCUUCUAUACUAUUACUUUGUGCAUAUUAUCGAUAUUUAGUUUUAUUGCAUGGCCACGCAUAAGGAAUUAUUCACAAACAACCAAAGCAUACAAAACUGAAAUAUACAUGAAAUAUAAUUUAAAGUGAAAUAAAAUUGAAAUAUUCAUGUAAAUCAG